AAUUUUCAUGUCGUUAACUAAAUAAAACAACCUUAGUCACCAAAUAAAACAAAAUUCAUGAUAAACCGUCUGUACACGUUUCGGCUUAUUUUGCUUAAAAUUACCGUACAAUGUGGACCAUACUAAAAAAUUUACGCACAACCAGACAUCGUUUGCUGAGUACUUUUGUACCUGAGCCGGAGGAGCCAUGUAUUAUAACAUCUAUCCCAGGUCCUGCGACAUGCGCAAUGAAAGGGGAAUUGGAGAACUUCCAGUGUGUUGAAUGUUUAGACCUUUUCGUUAAUUACAAGUCAUCCUCGGGGAAUUACUUAGUUGAUAUUGACGGAAACAAAUUUCUGGACUUGGCAAAUCAAGCCACAAUACCUUUAGGUUACAACCAUCCAUGUUUGGAGGAACUUUUCUCCGAAAGUGACACAUUGAUACAUUUAAUUAACCGACCAGCCCUAAAUCAAUUCCCCUUUGACCUGUUGUUACCGAAAGUCAAAUGUCUAAUCACUGCAGCGUCUCCAAAACUUCCCCUCCUUACUACCACCAAAUGUGCCACGUGUGCGAACGAAGGAGCCAUCACUGCCAUGAUGAAAGCCUACCAAAACCAAGAGAGAUCAGGUUGCGUUUCCGAUGUAUCUCUCAAAACCGCAAUCAACAACCAGCAUCCCGGCUCCCCUGAUCUGAGCAUCCUCAGCUUCAAAGGUUCUGAUCAUGGUUGCGAAACUAUGGGGGCACUUUCUAUGUCGCAUUCCAAUGCCGAAGACAAAGUGGAUGUUACCGCUUUUGAUUGGCCUAUUGCUCAGUUUCCCAGGUACAAACAUCCCUUGAACGAAUUCGAGUGUUACAACAAGCAUCAGGACAAAAAAUGCCUACAAUCCGUCAGGGAAUUGUUGAGCACAUCGAAAGAAAACGGCAGCCCUAUCGCCGGGGUUAUGGUGGAGCCGAUCCAGAACAAGGGUACGUACGAGGCGUCCGCUGAUUUCUUUAGGGACUUGCAGGAGAUUUGCAAGGAAAAUGGGUGCUUCUUGUGCAUGGAUGAGACGAAGACUUGUUGCGGAGUCACGGGGACAUUGUGGUGUCACGAACAGUUCGGUUUGAAAUGUCCUCCUGAUGUCGUGACGUUUGGGAAUCAAGCGCAGCUUUCUGGGUACUUUCAUUCCGAGGAAUUAUGUUCUCAAGGAAAUUGUGCUUGUUGCGGAGAUCCUACGAAGAUGUUGGCGUUUGAACGAAUCUUGAAAACCAUUGAUAUUGAUUCUCUACUCUGUAAUGUACAACAUGCUGGCGAGAUUUUACACCGUCACAUCACGCAGUUGGAGAUGGAAUACUUUCCAUUAAUAGAUUCAGUUAGAGGCAAAGGUGUCUUUAUUGCUUUCAACGCACAAAAUGAACAGGUCAGAGAUGAUCUUGUCGAAAGAUUAAGAGGCAGAGGCAUGCUGGUAGAUACAUUUGGUCACAAAACGAUCUCCUUAAGACCAUCGCUCACCUUCAACUUAAAACACGUCGAGCUUUUCGCCCAAAUUCUGGCAGAAGUCCUGGAUGACGCAGUGGCGUUCUCAUCAUCCAAUCCGUGUGUAAAGUGGCCUGAGAUUAAGAAACCCUGCCAAAAGAAAAAGAAACAGUGUCCUCGUGGAACUGAAAGGGAUAGGUGCUCCAAGGAAAAACAUAAGAAGCCGUUGUGCACAGACAAGUGCACACCGAAGAAGAAAAAACCGUGCGAUGAUUAAUUAACGAUUUAUGGAAUAAUGUUUCGGUUGAGAAUGGUCUUGAGUUGUUUAUAUUUUUUGUUUGGAUGUCCAUAGUAUGUGGCAUAUUUUUGUUGGAAAUAAAUUUUAUGUGAAUGGAACAA